AUGGCGGACCCACUGAGUGAGGAAGCACGGUUUCUAAUAACAGGUGAUAUUGCUGGAACUUUUUUCUUCGCUGGGAAUAAAAGGCACUUCUUUAUAGCACUCUGCGAAGCAGCCGACAUCAAUCCGUGGGGAAGAGCCUAUAGAAUGCAAAGCAAAUGCACUAUUGCGAUUGAAAGAGAGCAUCCGCCAAAGGAUGUCCAAAGUAUAACCUUGAAUGAGCCUAACAAUGCCUGUGGGGCUAAAAAAGCACCUGGGUUGGACGGAAUGAAGGCGGCUAUAAAAGUAGCUAUAUGUCUUGAAGGUGGGAUCGUCGGUAAUCCAAAUUUGAAUAUUCUGGUCUAUACAGUGAAUUGGGGUGUGGCUUAUGAUUUGCCAAAUGAAACUUGGACGCUGGCUAACAUAUACGGAUUUAAGGGGGAAAAUGAUGCUGGCAAUGAUGCUAUGGAAGACGAUAUGACAAGCGACAUGGCGAGCGACAUGGCAAGCAACAUGACAACCGACAUGGCAAGCAAUAUGACAAGCAACAUGGCAAGCGACAUGGCAAGUGGCGUAGCAAGCGAUAUGGCAACUGAAGCGAAAACGAAAAGAAUGUUUAGACGAGAUUUGUAUAAGAAAAUCGAGAUACUUAUCAACAGUCUAGGGUACAAUGGGAAAGAAUGUAUUAUGAAGACGCUUUGUGAGACUAGGAAGGCAUUUGCACCUAGAAAUGCGAAUAUGGUGGAAAGGAUGCUCCGGACUAUAUUCAGUUUCCCAAAAGUGAGACCAUUUGCUCGGGAGCACCGGGAGAUUCAUGAAUACGAUAUGGCCUACCGGUCUGGUAAAGCUAGUAACUGUUCUUUGCUGUAUCCAAAAUGUGAUUUUUCUAUACUUGAUUUUGCUUUGGGGAAGUAUUCAUUUCCCUAUAAAUAG